AUGUUGGAGACGGGAUGCUGCCGUGCCAAGAACGCCUCCAACGUUUUGAUGAAGAACUUGGUGAAUGUGUGCUGUGGAACAUUGGGCUGGUGGAGCAUUGGCUGGGCUCUGGCUUAUGGCGAGCAGAAUGGCAAUGGCUUCAUUGGAACCGACGGUUUCUUUGGCUUUGGCUUUUACACAAGGGACAAGGCCAGCGGAGUGAUCACACCCGUGGAAUGCACCUCUGAUGGCUGCCAGUCGACCAUGUUGAGUUGGUUCUUUCAAUGGGCCUUUUGCACGGCCGGUGCUACCAUUGUGAGCGGGGCAGUGGCUGAGCGUGUCAAGAGCCCCACCUAUGCCGCCUUCGCGUUCUUGAUGACAAGCUUCAUCUAUCCUAUGGUUGUGGCAUCAACCUGGGGUGGCGGCUGGCUUGCCUCCCUCUUCGGCGUGGGGUACAUGGAUUUUGCAGGAUCAGGUGUCGUGCACCUUACUGGCGGCAUCAGCGGACUCGUUGGCACCACCAUUCUGGGAGCACGAACGGGACGUUUCAGCAACCCAGAGGAGUUUGAGUGCCACAACCUGCCAUUGGUUGUGCUGGGUACCUUUGCUCUCUGGUUUGGCUGGUACGGCUUCAACCCGGGUUCCACGUUGACCAUGAAGUCGGGCAGCGACGGCGCCUUGGCGGCACAAGUGGCCAUGAACACCACGCUGGCGGCGGCGACGGGAGGCAUCACCGUGUUCCUGCUGCGAUACGUCAUCACACACAAGUACGACGUUGGUGCCCUGUGCAACGGCAUCCUGGCCGGCCUGGUCUCCAUCACGGCCGGUUGCGGCAACAUGGAGAGCGGAAGCGCUGUUGCCACCGGCUUGAUUGGAGGUAUUGUGUAUCAGGCAGCAUCCAUGCUGCUGCAAAAACUCCGCAUCGAUGACCCUGUGGACGCCAGUCCGGUCCACGGCUUCUGUGGAGCCUGGGGGUUGAUCGCAGCAGGCUUGUUCGACUGGGGUAGGGGCAUCGACCACUACCACGGCUGGAGCGGAUUCGGCUGCAUGGAGAAGGAUGAUGGUGGCUGCCAGACCGGCAUUGGUGGCACUGCCAUUGGGGUCCAGUUCAUCAUGGUCUUGGCGAUCGUGGCAUGGGCAGGCACCUUGUCAGGGAUCGGUUUCUUCCUGCUGAAGGUCACUGGAGCGCUGCGCUACGGCACUCAUGUGGAAGAGGUGGGCAUUGAUUCGCCCUUCCGAACUAUCCAACAUCUCAGGGAUAGCAUUGCGAGAAAAGAACCACCAGCUCUUGACGCCAGUCGUGCCAAUGGCCCAAGUUUGCCCAGCGCCAUGAAGCUUUUCUCCAUCGUGUCCCUCUUGGGCAGCGUGGCGGCUACGCCGGUGCCGCACGAGCUGCUGCUGCAGGUGCAGGAGCUCCAAGCCGAGCUUUCGACCCAGCGGCAAGUGAUUCAGGAGCUGCAGGAAGAGCGCAGGUUGCAGGCUGCGGAGAGUGAAACUCGGCAGAUGCAGGAAAGCAUUGAUGACAAGAUCAAGUUGCAGGAGGCUGAUUUGGGACUGGGUGGAGCUCUGGAUUCCGCUUGGCUUGUCCUUUGUGGAGCUUUGGUGAUGUUCAUGCAUGCGGGCUUCGCCAUGUUGGAGACGGGAUGCUGCCGUGCCAAGAACGCCUCCAACGUUUUGAUGAAGAACUUGGUGAAUGUGUGCUGUGGAACAUUGGGCUGGUGGAGCAUUGGCUGGGCUCUGGCUUAUGGCGAACAGAAUGGCAAUGGUUUCAUUGGAACCGACGGGUUCUUUGGCUUUGGCUUUUACACAAGGGACAAGGCCAGCGGAGUGAUCACACCCGUGGAAUGCACCUCUGAUGGCUGCCAGUCGACCAUGUUGAGUUGGUUCUUUCAAUGGGCCUUUUGCACGGCCGGUGCCACCAUUGUGAGCGGGGCAGUGGCUGAGCGCGUCAAGAGCCCCACCUAUGCCGCCUUCGCGUUCUUGAUGACAAGCUUCAUCUAUCCUAUGGUUGUGGCAUCAACCUGGGGUGGCGGCUGGCUUGCCUCCCUCUUCGGCGUGGGGUACAUGGACUUUGCAGGGUCAGGUGUCGUGCACCUUACUGGCGGCAUCAGCGGACUCGUUGGCACCACCAUUCUGGGAGCACGAACGGGACGUUUCAGCAACCCAGAGGCAUUCCUGCCAAGCAAAAUGCUUUGGCAUGCUGUGGCUGCCAAGAACUUGCAAAUGCUCAAAGGAGAUUGCAAUGGCCAUAGGUUCGGCUGGUACGGCUUCAACCCGGGUUCCACGUUGACCAUGAAGUCCGGCAGCGACGGCGCCUUGGCGGCACAGGUGGCCAUGAACACCACGCUGGCGGCGGCCACGGGAGGCAUCACCGUGUUCCUGCUGCGAGACUGGGCUGCGUACGACGUUGGUGCCCUGUGUGACGGCAUCCUGGCCGGCCUGGUCUCCAUCACGGCCGGCUGCGGCAACAUGGAGAGCGGAAGUGCCGUUGCCACCGGCUUGAUUGGAGGAGGGGUGGUCCAAUUGGCAGCAUCCAUGCUGCUGCAAAAACUCCGCAUCGAUGACCCUGUGGACGCCAGUCCGGUCCACGGCUUCUGUGGAGCCUGGGGGUUGAUCGCAGCAGGCUUGUUCGACUGGGGUAGGGGCAUCGACCACUACCACGGCUGGAGCGGAUUCGGCUGCAUGGAGAAGGAUGAUGGUGGCUGCCAGACCGGCAUUGGUGGCACUGCCAUUGGGGUCCAGUUCAUCAUGGUCUUGGCGAUCGUGGCAUGGGCCGGCACCUUGUCAGGGAUCGGUUUCUUCCUGCUGAAGGUCACUGGAGCGCUGCGCUACGGCACUCAUGUGGAAGAGGUGGGCAUUGAUUCGCAUCACCAUUCUCCGCCAAAGGCCUAUGCUUUGGGGCCUAAUUCUCUCUCCCCAUCAAAGGUCUAUGACACCAUGACCUCGGAAUCCGAGCGUUCAACAGUCUAAGCAGCACAACAUUGCUCAGAGUCAACAGGCAGCUGUUUCCCACAUAUAUCCGCCGCCUGUUUGACUGAGGGAAGAUAGGGAAGUGGAGCUUCUCAUGCACGGAGUGCCCGCAGCGCGUGAAAUCGCACUGUAAGAAAGCACUGUGUUUAUUUAUCCUGUGGCAACAGGAAAGAAUUCGAGCCAGUUACCUGGCAGCCCAAUGUCUUGACAUGUCUUGGCUUCCUUUGACGAUCUCUUCAUCGUGUUUUGUCACUGAGAAGCAAGCAAGUUUGUGGCCGUGUCGCAAGCAUGCGGCCCAUCUUGACGCAUUCCAUGAAAUAAUUAUCAUGGAAACACUCGCGAAUUUUCGGAUCCAAGGGCUCCAUCGGAGCCAGGCCCUACCGAACUAUCCAACAUCUCAGCGAUAGCAUUGCGAG